ACGCGUCACAACAAGGUUUUUCAGAUACGAAAGUCCUCUUCGUUCUUACAUUAGUUUAUGAUUUAUUCUUUGCAGAAAUCGGUUCAUAAAUAAGUUUUCUACUUUUUCUGAUUACUAAUCAUGAUUAAUCAUUGCUUAUUACUCCUCUUGUUAGCACUUAGCUUGUUUUCGACUCCUAUACAAGGAAGAAGCUUCAUAGCAGAAUAUCUAUCGUGGAAGCGAAUUGACAGCGGCGCCACAAACACAAUCGAUUCCGUCUACGUGGGCCGUUAUAGGUAUGACACAGUUCAGCACAACGAGCGAACAGAAAAUUCCAUCGGUUCUGGACAAAUAGCUGAAUCUUUGAGCUCAGGACAACCCGAAGGAUCUAGCACCUCUAAACUGGUCGACGGAUCUGGUUCAGGUCAACUGGUCGACGGAUCUGGUUCAGGACAACUGGUUGAUGCUUCUGGAUCAGGACAACUGGUCGACGGAUCUGGUUCAGGUCAACUGUUCGAUGGAUCUGGUUCAGGUCAACUGGUCGAUGCUUCUGGUUCAGGUCAACUGGUGGACGGAUCUGGUUCAGGACAACUGGUCGAUGCUUCUGGAUCAGGUCAACUGGCCGAUGGAUCUGGGUCAGGAAAAUUGGUCGACGGAUCUGGUUCAGGACAACUGGUCGACGGACCUGGUUCAGGACAACUGGUCGAUGGAUCUGGUUCAGGUCAACUGGUCGACGGAUCUGGAUCAGGACAACUGGUCGACGGAUCUGGGUCAGAUCAACUGGUCGAUGCAUCUGGUUUAGGUCAACUGGUCGAUGCUUCUGGCUCAGGUCAACUGGUCGACGGAUCUGGUUCAGGACAACUUGUCGAUGCUUCUGGUUCAGGUCAACUGGUCGAUGCUUCUGGAUCAGGACAACUGGUCGAUGCUCCUGGAUCAGGUCAACUGGUCGAUGGAUCUGGGUCAGGACAACUGGUCGAUGGAUCUGGGUCAGGACAACUGGUCGAUGCUUCUGGAUCAGGUCAACUGGUCGACGGAUCUGGUUCAGGUCAACUGUUCGAUGGAUCUGGUUCAGGUCAACUGGUCGAUGCUUCUGGUUCAGGUCAACUGGUCGACGGAUCUGGUUCAGGACAACUGGUCGAUUCUUCUGGAUCAGGUCAACUGGCCGAUGGAUCUGGGUCAGGAAAAUUGGUCGACGGAUCUGGUUCAGGACAACUGGUCGAUGGACCUGGUUCAGGUCAAAUGGUCGACGGAUCUGGUUCAGGACAACUGGUCGAUGCUUCUGGAUCAGGUCAACUGGUCGACGGAUCUGGGUCAGGAAAACUGGUCGAUGCUUCUGGAUCAGGUCAGCUGGUCGAUGGAUCUGGGUCAGGACAACUGGUCGAUGCUUCUGGAUCAGGUCAACUGGUCGACGGAUCUGGGUCAGGAAAACUGGUCGAUGCUUCUGGAUCAGGUCAACUGGUCGAUGGAUCUGGGUCAGGACAACUGGUCGAUGGAUCUGGGUCAGGACAACUGGUCGAUGCUUCUGGAUCAGGUCAACUGGUCGACGGAUCUGGAUCAGGACAACUGGUCGACGGAUCUGGGUCAGGAAAACUGGUCGAUGGAUCUGGUUCAGGACAACUGAUCGACGGAUCUGGUUCAGGUCAAUUGGUCGACGGAUCUGGUUCAGGACAACUAGUCGACGGAUCUGGUUCAGGUCAACUGAUCGACGGAUCUGGUUCAGGACAACUGGUUGAUCCUUCUGGAUCAGGACAACCGAUUGACGGAUCUGGGUCAGGACAACUUGUCGACGGAUCUGACUCAGGACAACUGCUGACUGUUUCAGGAGGAAAUAUGUUUUAAGAAUGAACUAGCCACUGUUUUUGUAGUCUGAUAAUAAAUGGUGAAACAAUCAGUAUACAAAACAAUUAUCAAAAGUGUAAACUAUUAUGCUAUUGUCAAUAAAAACGGUUUCUUUCAUUUUGUAAAUGCGCCUGCCCAAAUCAGAUACGAAUUUUCUCGGCUUCAAGAAAAAUGCAUAACAAACGGGGAUGGAUGAUAAGGACAUUUUUUUUUUUUAAAAAAUGAAAGAAACCGUUUUUAUUGACAAUAGCAUAAUAGUUUACACUUUUGAUAAUUGUUUUGUAUACUGAUUGUUUCACCAUUUAUUAUCAAAAAAAAUAAAUGUCCUUAUCAUCCAUCAUCGUUUGUUAUGCAUUUUUCUUGAAGCCGAGAAAAUUCGUAUCUGAUUUGGGCAGGCGCAUUUACGAGUAGGCGCAUAGCAUUUACUUCCAUUUUUUAUCCGAUGUGAAUCAAUUGCUCAAUAUACUGAUAUUAAGUUUGAAGUUUUAAGUUAACAACUACAUUACAACAGCAAAUAAAACUAUCAUAAAUGCAACAAACCGACACGCAUCACUUUAUGAAUAAAUUUCUAAAUAUCUAUACUUCAAUAUCCCAAAAAUUUUGUUUGAGCCUUGAAAAAGGCAAGAAUUCAACUACCGCUGAGUUUUUAACUUUUGAUUGUGAUGUGAUCUAAAAUCUAAAACAAAUCGGAAUAGAUCGUGGGGCAUCG